CCUGUUCAGCGCACGGAGGAAUUCAAGCUGCUUUUGCCUUUUCACUUUCUCCUGUGGGGCACUUUGAAAGUCAGAUCAAGCUGAAGAUUUGAAAAAAAAUCUAAGGAAAAGGGAGAAGCUUCUGAGAAGUGAACACACCGGUGGCUCUGACUUUCUCCAGUACAGUCUCUGCCGAGGCUCAAUGGAUGAUGUAUCUCCUGCUCCUUCUGUGCAUGUGUGUGGCCUCAUCCCCCGAAAUAUCACUGGACACUACAAAUAUGACUGUGCCUAUGGGUGGUGUCGCCCUGUUGCCCUGCAAGAGAAUCAAUUUGCCCCUCAACAUCAUGUGGAAGAUGGAGGAUGGUGGCAACACAAACUGGAUGAAAUUGGAUCUGUUAAGCAAAGUGACAGACCUUAAUUCUGCUUUACCUUCUGAUCUGUUCCUGCGGAAUUUCACCAUGAUGGAUUCUGGGAUAUACGACUGCACCUCCCAAGGUCAAAAGCUGAAGUCAUUCCUGGUUAAAGCCAAAGGUAAAGAGCAACAUUAUAUGACAGGUAUGUCCAAAAGUAACAUAAGUCUCCCAUGCCGAGUGGCCAUGGCUGGUAAGUCUCCCACAUGGCUCAGAAGAAAUAGAAAGAUCAUGAAUGACAGGUUUAAUUUCAAAGGGACUGAGCUGGAGAUUGUUCGGCUGAAGCACUUUGAUCAAGACUGGUACUCGUGCUUCUCAAAUGGAUCCACUUCACAUAUCUACCUACAGGUCCUCAGCUCCCCAUCAGAAACUCCCACUUCACAGAAACUAGAGUUUGACAUUGGAGACAUGGUGGCACUUUCCUGCAACGUCACUCACAAUUGGACCCAAAUCUCCUGGCUCCGAGAUUCACAACCCAUCCUGAGUGUGGAAAGGGGAAUAGGUGCCAUGUUGCACCAAGCAGCAUUUAUCAAAGGGGUUCCCUAUCUAGUUAUCCCCUCUGCCACCUUGCGGGAUGUGGGCAUGUACCACUGCUUCGCCAAUAAGCUGGAAUCAAGAAUUUGGCUGAAUGUCGGAUCCUCCCUGCCAACUCAUACAGGUAUGGAGAUGUUCCUGAAAGGCCGGUACUGGAUCAUUGUGGCCGUGGCUGUGGCUUACAUGGGAUUCUGCUCACUGAUCACCAUUUGUUACAUGUUAUGGAGGCAAAAGGAGGAGGCAGAUUCCAGGGAGGCACAGAGCAGGUUCUACAAGGUCAGCACCGUAAAACGAAAUGUCUACUUUGGAUCCCGCAGCCCCAAGCAAGACACAGAUCCAAAAGCCAUGGAGAUGGAAUAUCAGAAUAUGACCCAAAUGUCCCCCAAGGGACGUGACAGUGACUGCUACUCAGAUAAGAGCUCCUUCCUGGGGCCCUCAGAGGACGGAGGUUCAUAUCUGGAACCAAACGUAGGGGACACCAAUCUGUCUGAUGGAGAUUCCUAUGAGAAUGCCGACCAGGAGUUGGAUGCUGAAGAGAGCUCAGAAGAUGGAGAAUGCUACGAGAACGCCAGUGAGGAAAUGAAAUUUGAAUCAGAGAGGUCACAGUCCUAUGAGGACAUGGAAGGAUCAUUGUACCUGAAGAAGAGGAAUGGAGUUAGUCAGGAUGAGAACAAAUUAGAAGAGGAAGAUGCAGAUUCCUAUGAGAACAUGGAGACACCAGUCUAUGCCCUUCCCCACCAGUCCUCAAUGAACAACGAGAAAACAGCAGAGGAACAGCCACCGGAAAUAUAUGACGACAGGGGGUCUUCCCAUGGGCUCAGCAUCAAUAAACCACGUUUAGCUGCUCAUCAAUAAUGAGAAGGAUGUUCCUCCUGGAUCCUCAGGCUGAACUUGGUGCCAAUCACUGGUGAUGUUGGAUUCUCUCUUCAUUGAACAUCCAGUGUAAAGUCUUGAGAAUGUUACUAAUCUACCCCAAUGUGCUGACCCAAUCCAGUCGUCCCAGCUUUAUGGGCUUCCACACUGCAGAGUCCAGUGGUAUCAGAGCUUCUCCAUGGGUCCAGGAUUUGUACACAGAGCUCACAAUCUAUCCACUGACUGUAAUUCUAUGAAGCUUCCCAGAAGCAGAUCUAUAAGGGGAAAUGUCGGGAAACUGUAAAUAGACGUUUUGUUUUGCAAGCCGGUCUCUAUAAGGAACAGAACUUGUUUGUGCUGAUAGAGAAACACGUUGUGUCAUUAUUAUUAUCCUGUAUGUUCAGCAUGUGGGGGUAAUGUCAGCAGCAAAUAAAGGGUCCCAUUGGUU